UUAUCAUAUUUAUCUAUUUUGUCUUGAAAAAUAUUCUUAUUUCCUCAUUGGUACAUUUAAAUAAUCUUUAUCCACUUAUUCUAGACGUCUGCCAGAAUUUUUUUAUUUUCAGAAAGUGAAUACCUUAAUUUUUUAGCUGACUUUUGUGUUUCGACUUCCAGUUGAGAAUCCUUAUAAACCUUACGUUGAACAGAUAUCUGUUGGGUGCUGGAUCAAUUUUAUUUUGAAACUGUUGUGGGGGUCAUAGUGAAUUCCUAAAGCAGUACCUGAAAACUAUUUGGCGAAAACUAAUUUAGGUGUUAAACAUUGAGAAAACUUCACCAUCACUCUUUAUUUAUUCAUUUCUAAAGAAUGCAUGGUAUUUAAGUGUAAUUCUAUUGUCUAUUAGAAGAAGCCCCAUAGCAGAAAUUGUAGUAAGUGUUACCUUGUUAACUUUGUAGUUUUCUAUCUUUCUCUGGGUAGAGACUGUCUAGAUAUCAGAUUGGUCAGCACUACACAGUGUCUUUAACUUCAAUGAGUAACUUCCAGUACACCCUAGAAAACAGUUACUUUACUUUAGGAAUCUAAUUCUGACCAUAAAUGUUACAAAUAUAAGUCUCAUUCCAACUUGUGUAAAAUGUGUUUCUAAAUGUCUGACGAUGUAGAUCAUAAGAAAAUGUUAAUUAAGAAUCUUUCCUACACUUUGAAAAUUUCAUGAAAUUCAUAUUUUACCUGAUAUUGAAGAAAAUACUUCCUGACGCGUACUUUGUUUCUUCAAGAAGACUUUCUCCUUUUUAUUGAAAGCUUCUGUUAGAGAUAUAAUGCUUGGGCAUUAAAGAUAUAUGUACAUGCUACUCUUUUAAUUCUCUUGAAAUUCUAGUCUGUAACUUAAAAAGUUACCCCUCCCAGUUUCGAUGAGGAUUAACUUUUUCUCUCCAUAUUCCAAAAGGCAGAAAUCUGGAGAUGAGGUUGUGCACAUGUAAAGCCGCUACACAUUAAACGUAUAUUUCUUGGACUGUGGCUUGAGACUUUCAAAUUGGUGGUUCUCCAUACUGUAUCUUUAGUUCAAGCUUUCAUUUUCUUUUUUAGUUGAUAUUUUAAAAACGUCCUUUGUACUUACAUUGUGUUUUGUUGUGUGGUUUAUAUUUCUGUUCAGGUAUUUUAUUUUUUAUUGUGUUAGGUAUUUUACAAGGUAUUUCUUAGUUACAAACUCAGUGGAACAAACUGCGAGUGGCCUUGAGAAUAGAGCCACAACAUAACCAGGAAAUGCAAGUAAAAUUCAUUUAGAAUAAAAUACUUCAGUAAUUUUUUGUCCUCUUGUAUUACACUGUUUGGUAUAUGCUACAAAGCAAUCUGAUUUUUUGUGUGUCAUUUUCUUUCUUUCAAUGUUUAAGUGUUCUCUGAGCUCCUCUGGUAAAGCUUAUGUUUGUCAGCACAACUCACCUUAAAUUCAGACGUACACUUUCAAAUGCCUCUGUCCUUGCACUUUUUUCAGGUUCCAUGUGCCACUUGAACUUGGGCCCAGGUGUUUCAUUAUGUUAUAUGGAUUGAGAAGUGCUAGAAAUGUCUUGUGCCUCCCCCUCCAAGAAAAAACCUCACCACUCCUCUGGUCUCUUAGAGCUAGUGUUAUUUAUUACUUAGUAUAUCCUCCAUAAUUAUAAAUUUUAUCCUUUAUUAUUGAUGACUGUAUUGAUAUAAUUGAUAAUUUAGUCUUUAUAUUGAUUUUAUUCUCUCCCAGAAUAUGGGCUGUCAUCAUAUGCAAAUUUUCAGAAGAUCAGUGACCAUCUUAGCAAUGAAUUUGUCUUUUGGGUCAUUAGAAAGCAUGAGCACACUGGGAUCCAAAGAGGUUAGGGUUCAGAAGAGCUGGGAAGUUCAAUUAGAUAGGUGAGCACAUGGAAACCACUUUAGUCUUUUGCCCAAUAGCCAUCACUCUGUGCUUCUGUAGGUACCAUUCCUCAACUCAAGCCCAACUCAUGAAACCAAUAAUGAAGCUCCCCUAUGCCAGUCCCUAAAUUGUAGUUACUAGAUAGGGCUAACUAUGUAAGUCAUAACCUAAUCUCAGAUGCUUUUGAGAGUGAAAGGGGCACUUUGAAUAAGUAUACAAGAUCACAGACAUAAAUGGAGGAUAUCCCAGGAAAAUUGAGGUCUAUAGUUAGCCUAUCCUUGGACAGAUAAUGUUACCUGUAUUAGCAACACCUGGAGUCCAUAUUGAACAUUCUAGUUCCCAGACUCCACCUCAGAAUUGCUGAAAAAUAAGUAGUACUGGCAAACUUACAUUUUAACAAGGACUCUAGGUGAUUCUUAUCCAACGGAAGUUUUAGAUCCAAUAGGCCUGUAAGAUGCUUGUCAAAGCAAGUUCCUAUUAUUUGACAGGAUGUAAUUUACCCCCCCUUUUCUUCUUUAUUGGAUAUUUAUAUUGGGACAUUUAUGUCAUUACCUGGUAUAAAAGUGCACAUAACAGGAAUGGAGUUUAGUUUAUAUCAUCACUUUGUGUUAAGAUGAUUAAUCAAUAAUAAACAUUUGUAGCCUCCAGAUAGUAGCUCAAACUGGACAUAGGUAUUGUGGAUGGAGAGAUAACUCAUUUUAACUUGUGCUUCAUAAGAAAAAUAAACUUCAAAAUCAGAAUUUGAAUGGUGGUUGGCACUAGAAUCAUUCUAAAGGAGUGGAGAAUUAUGAAAACAGAACUUAUUAGCACCCACAAGUCCAUGAAUUGUGACCCUCAUUUUUGUCAAUUUUCUUAUUCAGAAAUGUUGCUCUAUUUUUCAGCUCUUAAUAACAACUAAAAGAGUUCAAAAUUAUUGAUCUCUUUUAGAAAUAUCUCUUUCAUAAAUCAUAGCAUCCAUAAAGUAAAGAAGUUAACCUUUGUUUAAUAUCAAAGGUCCUCUUAUUAAAUUUUUCUUUUUUGGAAAAAGAGAAACCAAGUUUUUCCAAAAGCAUAGAUGUAUUAAUGGGGAAUUUCAGUUUUGAACAUAUGAUUCCAAGAACUUUGAGAGAGAGAAAAAGUAUUUUUAUAGCAGGUGGUGAUGAAAAACAUUAUUGACUCUGAUAAACCUAUUAAAUAACUCCAAAACUCUAUAUUUGGGGUAUUUGAAAAGCUUAAAUAUAACAAAGAUGAAAGCAGUUGUCACUGAAAGUAGAAUUAUUUUGUUUAGAAUAAUAAUUUAGAUUCUUUUUGUUCAUAUAAGAUGUAUAUCAAAAAGUGAAACUUCUCCCUGUAUAACUGAUUUCCUAGUAAAACCACUUUUCAGUUUUCUUAAAGACAGGAACCACCACUCAGUCGCAAUAGUAAAGGCAUGGUAGAGUGACAAUGUUCUAUAGGUAAUAAUUUUUCCCAAGGAGCCUAUUUUGGUCUUGAACAUUAUGAAAAUAAAUGUAACUAAAUUGAGGCCUGAGAAUAAUUGCCAUGUGUGAAGCACUCAUUCUCCUUAAGGUACUAUCCUAGGCACUUAAUAUGUAUAAUUCACACAACCACCGUAUUAUUAUUAUCAUGCAAGUGGAAACUGAGACAGAGAGAGGUUAAAUUAUUUUCCCCAAAUCACACAACUACUAAGUUGGAGGAUAGGAAUUGGAAUGGCGAAAUUUCUGAUGUUGAAGCCAGUGAUCUUCUCUCUAUUUUAGUGAUGACUGGAAUUUAGGAGUUGCGAACACCUCAUUGAGAGUUGAUACUUGAAAUUACUGUCUAAAUAAGGUUUAUUUAAUCUCAAAAUAAUGACAAAGAGAAAUGAAUUAAGUGUUAGAACUUGAAAAGACCUAAACUUGUUACCAGCAAAAUACUAGUACUCAGUACUAUACAAAUAUUAAGGAUAUUUUCAAAAUUAGCCAGUGAUAACCAUGAUUAGGGAAGGAGUUACUUCUCUGAGAUACUACAUUCAAAAAUGCUGCACUAUGGAUGGACGAUGAUUAUUAUUAUACACGAAAAAGACGAAGUCCAGACAGAUACAAAUACGUAAAAAUAGAAUUAAAAGGAAUGAAAGGAAAGUUUUUAAACUCAUGGAAUUGUACUUACACAUUAAGCCACUCGAUGUCGCUGUCUUCCACAAAAUGGCUUUUCGGAACAAAGGCAUAAUCCCGUGUUUCUCAAGGACUAGGAAGGCGCUACAUUCUGAGAUCUCAGCCAUUUCCAUAAAAUUGGAUGUGAGAAACCAAAUAGGAAAACUCGGGACGUGUGUGUGUUCUAGACCGCCGAUCCAUCGAUUUGUAAAACAGGAGAAAAGUGUGAUGUUGGUCUAUAGACCCAGCGGCCCGAGAGCCUGGUGCCUGCUUCUCUCGCUUCUGCUCAUCGCAACGGGGCAGGUGGGGAGCGGCCAGGUCCACUACUCGGUCCCUGAGGAGGCCAAACACGGCACCUUCGUGGGCCGCAUCGCCCAGGACCUGGGGCUGGAGCUGGCGGAGCUGGUGCCGCGCCUGUUCCGGGUGGCGUCCAAAGGCCGCGGGGACCUUCUGGAGGUAAAUCUGCAGAACGGCAUUUUGUUUGUGAAUUCUCGGAUCGACCGCGAGGAGCUGUGCGGGCGGAGCCUGGAGUGCAGCAUCCACCUGGAGGUGAUCGUGGACCGGCCGCUGCAGGUUUUCCAUGUGGAGGUGGAAGUGAAAGAUAUUAACGACAACCCGCCGGUCUUCUCCGUCUCAGAACAAAAGCUCUCAAUACCCGAAUCUCGACUGCUUGACUCUCGGUUUCCGCUAGAAGGCGCAUCUGACGCGGAUGUUGGAGAGAACGCAAUGCUUACUUACAGGCUCAGUCCAAAUGAGUUUUUCAUUCUUGAUAUUAUAAAUAAAAAAGACAAAGGCAAACACCCAGUGCUUGUUCUACGAAAACUGCUAGAUCGCGAAGAAAAUACUCAGCUUCGGUUACUAUUAACGGCAACUGACGGAGGCAAACCUGAACUUAUAGGAUCUGUUACUCUCCUGAUCCUAGUGUUGGAUGCCAAUGAUAAUGCCCCGGUAUUUGACCGAUCCGUUUAUGAAGUAAAGAUGUAUGAAAAUUCAGCGAACCAAACGUUGGUAAUAUGGCUAAACGCUUCUGACGCGGAUGAAGGGUUAAACAAAGAAAUGCUAUAUUCAUUUAGCUCUUUGGUCCCACUCAGCUUAAGAAGAAAAUUUCUAAUGAAUGAAAGGACGGGAGAAAUAAGAUUAAAUGAUACUAUUGACUUUGAGGAUAGCAACACUUACGAAAUUCAUGUAGAUGUUACAGAUAAAGGAAACCCACCUAUGGCUGGUCACUGCACCGUCCUAGUGGAAAUCCUAGAUGAAAAUGAUAAUUCACCUGAGGUGGUUGUCACUUCUGUGGCUCUCCCUGUGCGAGAGGAUGCUCAGGUGGGCACUGUCAUCGCCCUGAUCAGCGUUUCCGACCGUGACUCUGGCGCCAACGGACAGGUGACCUGCUCACUAACACCUCCUUAUGUCCCCUUCAAGCUGGUGUCCACCUUCAAAAAUUACUAUUCGCUCGUGCUGGAUAGCGCCCUGGAUCGGGAGAGCGUGGCGAACUACGAGGCAGUGGUGACAGCGCGGGACGGGGGCUCGCCUUCACUGUCGGCCACGGCCAGCGUGUCCGUGGAGGUGGCCGACGUGAACGACAACGCGCCUUCGUUCGCGCAGCCCGAGUACACGGUGUUCAUGAAGGAGAACAACCCGCCUGGCAGCCACAUCUUCACGGUGUCUGCGCGGGACGCGGACGCGCAGGAGAACGCGCGGGUGUCCUACUCGCUGGUGGAGCGGCGCGUGGGCGAGCGUGCGCUGUCGAGCUACGUGUCGGUGCACGCGGAGAGCGGCAAGGUGUACGCGCUGCAGCCGCUGGACCACGAGGAGCUGGAGCUGCUGCAGUUCCAGGUGAGCGCGCGCGACGCGGGCGUGCCGCCUCUGGGCAGCAACGUGACGCUGCAGGUGUUCGUGCUGGACGAGAACGACAACGCGCCCGCGCUGCUGCCGCCUGGGGCGGGCGGCGGGGCCAGCGCGGUGAGCGAGCUGGUGUCGCGGUCGGUGGGCGCGGGCCACGUGGUGGCGAAGGUGCGCGCGGUGGACGCGGACUCUGGCUACAACGCGUGGCUGUCUUUCGAGCUGCAGCCGGCGGCGGGUGGCGGGCGCAGCCCGUUCCGCGUGGGGCUGUACACGGGCGAGAUCAGCACGACUCGCGCCCUGGAUGAGGCAGACGCGCCGCGCCAGCGCCUGCUGGUGCUGGUGAAGGACCACGGCGAGCCGGCGCUGACGGCCACGGCCACCGUGCUGCUGUCUCUGGUGGAGAGUGGCCAGGCUCCGAAGACCUCGUCACGGACGUCGGCGGGCACCGCAGAGACGGCGCUGGUGGAUGUCAAUGUGUAUCUGAUCAUCGCCAUUUGCGCGGUGUCCAGCCUGUUGGUGCUCACGCUGCUGCUGUACGUGGCGCUGCGGUGCUCGGCGCCGCCCAUCGAAGGCGCGUGCGGGCCAGGGAAGCCCAGGUUGGUGUGCUCUGGAGCGGUGGAGAGCUGGUCUUAUUCACAGCAGAGGCGGCAGAAGGUGUGCUCUGGGGAGGGGCCACCCAAGGCGGAUCUCAUGGCCUUCAGUCCCAGCCUCCCACCGUGUUCAGUACUAGAUGCGGAAGUGGAAGAACAGUCUAUUGGAGGGGACCCUUCUAGGAAGGUGGGUUAUACCCUUUUUUUUUCAUAUUAUGCUUUGAGAAUAAUAUUUUGUUUCAACAUUUUUUCCCCUCAAAUAUAUGUCUCGGAAUAUCUUCAUGCUUUUGUCUAUAUAGUGUAUUCCAGAAUACCUUAAAUAUUUCUAGUAAUACCUGUGGUAAUAUAGAUUAUUCUGAAAGUCAAUUUUAUAUUUUGUCUAUCACACCCUGUGCAUCAAUUUUCGCUUGAUAUUUCA